AUGGACGAACAGGGCAAAAACCAAGUGGGAAAGAGCAUAAAGAAAGAAGUCUAUGAGAAGCCAAGUACACCUUCUGCAGCAAAACCUGAUCUACCAGAGAAAUGCUGUGUAAUUGUAACAUUCAAGUCACCAUCAGUUAAGGCACCACUGGAGGAGAUACCCAUUUUGAAAAGAAUUAAACCACGGACUAUUUUGUUUCCAUUUACAGAAAAAAAUGUUGCAAUGGUUGUAUUUGAAACUCCAGCAGAUGCAGAACAGGCAUUUUCACAUGUGAAGGAUUUUGGGAUUGAUGCAGAUUUGAAUUAUCUUGCUGAACAAGCUGUGUCUAAUGUCCAAGCAUAUCUUUCCGAAAAAUUUCUUGACCUCUUUGAUGAUAAAGAAAAAUUGUAUCAAGGACUCAUGAGCAGAAGUGGUGCAAAAGUGCAAAUGAUGGAAAAUGGAAAGUGGGUUUUAUCUGGAUGUUUAACACAAAUUGACUUGGCACACAAAUUCCUUAAGGAGGAGUGUAAGAUACUGAGAGGAGCAAAGUUGGAAUCUUCUGCCGCAAAAUCUUUUGUGUCUGAAAGUGCUUCCCAUUUACAGCAAAAGAAAACCAAGUCACCAUUACAGAAUGACGAUAAUGAAGACCAGAACAGCACUGAUUAUUCAAACAAACCUCAGAAUAAAGCAGAUAUGAAUAAACCUGACAAAAAAGUACCAGAAGAAGUUAAAGAAAAGGAUAAAAACCCUUCUUUGAAACAACAGCAAAAUGUAUUAACAAAAACAAUAUCUAUGUCUGAAAGCAAGUACUUAAAAUUUCUCAGAGUUUUUCCUGAAUUUCAAACACAAUCAGGUCACGAUGAUGAAUACAUGGGAUAUGAAGACAAUAAAUUGGUAUUACGUGGAAGUAGUUCAUUUGUGAAGGAUAUAAGUUCCCAAAUUUAUAUGAUGGAAACAGAAAUGACAGAAAAAUCUGUAGUUUUUGAGAAGCAAGAGGAAUAUCAUGCUGCAUUGCAAGAUCUUCAAAAAAACAAAUUGAAUGAGAAAUUAGGUUUUUGCUUUCAUCAUGAUGAUGCAAAUUUGAAGUUAACAUUAUUUGGCUUUUCUAGAGAGAGUGUUGAAAAAGGUCUGACUGCGGUCAAAACAUUUCAAAAACCCACUUCAAAGCAUGUCAAAGAAGAAAAAAAUGAACAAGUACUUACUUUCACCACAAAUGGCUUGAAAGUAAAGUUCUAUACAGGAAGUAUUAUAGGACUUGAUGUAGAUUGCAUUGUAAGUUCUGCAACUUGUUAUUUAGAAAAUAAAUCAGGAAUUGCAAAAGCAAUUGCAGACAAAGCUGGAAGAGAGUAUCAAGAGGAUUGUGAAAAUUGUGUUUCCAAACUCUCUGGUGGAUAUUUAAAAGAGAGUCAAUGUUGUGUGACAAGUGCAGGCAGUUUAUCAUACAAGCAUGUUAUUCAUGUGCUGGGCCCAGUUUGGAGUGCAGGAACCAGUGGACUGGAUUUUCAAAGCAGUAUUUUGAAGCAAGCAGUAUUGUCUGUAUUGAUUAAGGCAGAUGAAUUGCAAAUGAAGUCAGUGGCAAUUCCAGCUAUAAGUGCAGCAUGA